AUGCCUGCUUCGGCCACCACCUUCCUCGAAAAUCCCCUCUUGAAAGUCAGCCGCCCUGUCGCCGCCUGCUCUCGGUGUCGCACCGCGAAAAUCAAGUGUGAUGGCAAGCUCCCCGCCUGCACCGCGUGCGAGAAGGUGGGCAAGGCGAGUAGUUGCUCUGGGGCCAGUGAUGAGUUUGCGAAAGGUAAAGAGCGAAGCUAUGUCGCCUCUCUGGAGGGCUACUGCGAAAAACUCGAAAAGAAAAUCGGCGAGCUUCGCCGUCGGCAAAACUCCUUGCCCGUGGAGAGUAAUGGCGUGGCGCGUGAGAUGUCCAUCACGUCUACCUCAUCGGAUGGCCCUGUAGGCUCCGCCCAUCACCGUGAAGUAUCGGAUAUCGACGACUUGGUCGGCGAUUUCGGAUUUCUCUCUGUCAAUGCAACCUCGCGAGACUUCCAAGGCAUUACUUCCAAGACUACAUUUGCCAACCUCCUCCUCGCCAUUGCUACGGUGGGAUAUCCUUCGCCACCAUCGACUCAUACGCUACCUCCACGCCAUGAGGCCACACCCUUGCUACAGUAUUAUUUCGACAAUGUGUUCGUACAAUUGCCUUUCUUUGUCGAAACUAGCUUUUGGACCUCGGUAGACGCUGUUUACCAAUUUAAUGGUCGCUUCGCAAAACCUUUUGACCACUGGAUGGUCCGAAUGGUUCUUGCUAUCGCCUCGGCAUCCGUUUCCUAUCAGAAUAAUGACAAAAGUCAUCAAAAGGCCCUGGUUCUGGUAUCGGAAGCACGGACGUACGCCGAAGAUGUCCUUCGGCCGGGUUCCCUCACGUGUAUCCAAGCCAUCCUGCUCCUCGCGCAAUAUGCUCUUGUUGACCCGGGCCACUUUAGAAGUUGGUAUCUGGUUGGAAUGGCCGUGAGAGUGGCAAUCGACCUGGGUCUUCAUCAGGAUCCCCCCACAGAGGUGCUGUCCAAUCCAGAUAGGCUUGACCUCCGUCGCCGGAUCUUCCAUUGUCUGUAUUGCCUCGAUCGCGGAAUGAGUGUAUCUCUCCAAAGAACUUUCUCCUUCUCCGAUGCCUCCGUCAAUGUCGCCCUUCCAACAACCACCACGGCCACUGGAUUGUCAGCCGCCGACCAAAGUCAUAUCUUCUUGCGAAACCCGGGCCCUGCUCUGCAUAUAAUCAAGAUCCGUCAGAUUCUUUCUGUCGGUUAUCAAGACAUGUAUUACAGCGACCGCGAGCCAUCCCCCCAGCCUCUUAUUCAAAUCUGGACCCUCUGCCUUCAAGCCCGGCAAUGGUUUCACGAAUGCCCCAAGGACGCUCCAAAUCACUUUUCACUCCUCUACCGACUCGAGCUCCUUUACACCAUCAUUAUACUUCUUUCUCCAUCCAACCGAUAUCCUAUCCUCUGUGAUUAUAACAAAGCCCUUCUUUUUGAUCGAUGCAUGGACUUCAUUAGCCAGGUUCACCAAGUGCUGGAGAAUCCUAGUGUGCUGCCAUUUCUCACCUUUAUAGAUAUCCAACGUGUUCACCAGGUGGGGCGUCGUUUUGUUGAUGUUCUCUCCGAAAAUCUCGACCUUCUGUUGGGCUCCACAGUUCCGCCUCCCCCUGUCGUUCCAGCAGGAACCCCGGAUCCCCCAAUACUGGCGGAAGAGGAUCGGAUCAACUGCCGACCUCGCGCAAUUAGGUGUCUCACGUACGUGCGUGAGCUGCUGAGCUACUGCACCAGGAAGUGGGAUCUGCAGAAGCCUUUGGAAGAUUUUGAUCGAGAUUCUACUGCUCUGAGCAAAAUACUGAGAGACUAUUCUGGGGGCUAUAUUUCCAAUCAGAACGCGUACCCCCAGACACCGCUGGCCGGCCCUGGGUAUUCGGGAUAUCAAUUGAGAUGA